ACAAAAGGCUAAUCGGGUGUAAGUUCAUCGAUGUCAAUGUACAUAGAGAUCAGUGACUGGUGAUCUUUACAGAUUUGCAUCUAAAUUGGCAAUCACGAUGUGACGAUUUGUUGGGCUAUGUUCAUUACAUUUGCCGGCUGAUUUAGGAACUUUAAAAAUGGCAAAUCCCGUCUUCUUUCCAGAUUUGGAAACACUGAAACAAGGAAUAGAGGAACUGGAGGAAUCCUCUCGCGUGAAAUUCGUAGUAUUAAACAAGGACAAAGCAUUUGGAAAGGGUUAUAACUUUGCAGAAAAAUCUUCUUUCCGGCUUCGUUGGGAGUAUGAUGAAGACCAGCACCCGUGCAAGAUUCCAUUUACAGGUGUUCCCUUCAUUGCGGUGGGCCGUAAGACUAUGGAAUGUCAUCAAGGAAAGGACAGGAAUAUCAGACAGAAAGAAAAAUAUGCCAUUCAAGCAGAAAAGUCAAGGGAUUCAAACUCUAAGAAAAGAAAGAAGCAAAUGGUUUCACAACGGACAAAGAAAGUCAGCUGUCCAGCAGCUAUCAUCAUUAUACAGAUUACAAGACUGCAAGACAUCAAGGUGAAAGAAAACAAGGAAUGGACCAAAAGGAUGGCUGCUGCAGAAUUUAGAAAAAUGUUAUCUAAGGGCCACAAACCUCAGCAGAGAUCAGAGUUUUAUGCUUUAUUUCCAAAGGAUCAAGAUCAUAAAGGACAUCCCAUCAGAAAUGAGGCUGCUGGUCUCCGAGAACCAACCAUUCCAGAAGUAGUAGAGAGGGUGAGAUCAUUAACUCGAGGAGGGAUUGUUAAAGUCAGUGAGAUGAAGCAACACAUUGUGAACUUCCUUCACAAAGAGUUACAUGUAACAGACACGCUUCGUCGUAGAUACAUGCCAACAAACACUGACAUCAGUAAUAUCAUGGCUUCUGUGAAACGUAAAGCUAAUCAGGAUCCAGACAGUAUGACUGAGUUCAUUAAUAUGAUGAGGAAAAGAUAUCCUAGUGAUCUUCUUCUCUAUAGACCAAAUUCUUCUAAACAUCCACUACUCUUCUGCUACCAGUCUACAUGGCAGAGCAGACUCUUGAAUCGUUAUGGCAACCAAUUCUGUCUCCUUGAUGCCACUCAUCGUGUAGUUGGAGGGUCAAAGUAUCUUUUUCUUCUAUAUGUGAGAACUAAUGUUGCAUACGUCGCAGUUGGUGCCUUUAUUAUAGAAGCAGAAGAAUCUGCUAAGAUCCAAGAGGCUUUGGAUAUAUUUGCAAAGUGGAACCCUAACUGGAUACCAUCUAACUUUGCAGUGGAUGUAGCAGACGUCCAAGCUGUACAAUCAUGCUUUCAAGAUUGUACUGUGAGUCUUUCCCAUGUUCAUUGUGAGAGGGCAUGGGGAGAACUUAUCUCUAAAAAUCCACAGCUGAAGAAGGAGAUCGUUCUACCAUUGCUUCGCCGCAUAGCACAUGCAGAGACUAUUGGAAAGUAUGAAGAAUUGAUGAGCCAACUACUUAACAAUACUGACAUGAAGGAAAGCUCUGUCUUAUCAAGUUAUUGGCAGCCUCAAGCUAAGAGAUGGGUUCGAUGCUUCCAAGAGGAGAGUUUUUAUCUGACUGUCCAUGCUGCAGGAGGAUUUGAUAAACAGAAUGAAGUUCUCAAGUAUGAUAUCAUCAAGCCCUACUCCAAUGGUUCAAUCAAAGACUUGGUAGCAGGACUUAUUAAUAAUUUCUUCCCAGAAUCUUACCGAAAAUACCUCGAACGCAAUGCCAGAUCAUCUGCAGGCUACAGCCAUAGCAAUGCUCAAAUACCAAAGUUCUUGCUAAAUCGACCAAGACCAAUAGUACGUCACAUCGAAGAUCGCAUGCAGAAUGAUAUUUCUAAAGAGAGCAUCAUGGAUCAUGGGAAUGGAAUAUUUGUGAUACAACAAGCCAAUGCAUGCAACACUCUACGAUUUGGUGAGGAAAAUAUCAUGCCACACUGUACAUGUCGUGACUGGCAAAUCCAUCUUCUUCCUUGUAAGCAUUUCUGUGCAGUUUUUAUCCACUUUCCAUCAUGGCAGUGGGAGAAUCUGAGCGCUGUGUAUCACAACAAUCCUAUCUUUGCCCUGGAUGAUGCAUUCAUUGUUACCAUGGAUACCCAUCCACUUGAGGAGUCAGGAGGAGGAGCUAAGGAUACAAGGAGGAAGCAAGCAUUACAGGAAUGUAUGGAUACUACUAAGGCUAUCAAUGCAGCUGUAAAGAGAUUACAGGAUACAUCUCAUAUUAUGAGUGUUAAUAAGAAGCUUAGGAGUCUAUUAGAAGACAUUCAAUCAUCGAGUCUUGAUCAAUCCAGUGAUGUGGACCAUGCAGGAAAUUGAAUCAUGUUGGAUCAUCUCUUCACUACACUCUAAACAAGAGAGCUCUUGUAAGAAUAAUGAUGAUAAUAAUAGUGGGUUCUUGUAUAGUGCUUGUGUCUGUCAAGCUUGUCAAACUUGACACUCCCGGCGCUCCAUAAUUAUUACCUUGGCAUUAGCAUGGCUGCCAUUAUUGUGCUCCACCCUUUCAAGGAAUUAAUUCCUGCCAGGUACCUAUUCACCUCGCCUGGGUCGAGUGUGGCGAAUGUAGAUAAAUGUCUUGCCAAAGAACAUUAGUGCCCUGGCAGGACUCGAGCUGCGUACCUUGUGAUCCACAGUCCAGCGAUGUAUCUGCUAGACCACAACACAUCUCAAUAUAUUCUAUUAUUAACCGUAUCAGACAUCUGAGCAGGGCAAUUUUUAAAUGUUAUUGCCCUCAAGGUUUGAUGGAUAAGUCAACAAAAUUACAAU